AUGAGUCUCUCGACCACUUCUAUUCUCGAUAUCUUCACAUAUUCGUUGCCUGCUAGCUUUGGUGUCAACUUCAUUUCGACCGAUGGAUCCUCCAGAUCCAAGUCGCUUUCUAUAGACCGGGAUAAAUGGGGCAGCGAAGUGGUCUGGACGGGAGAAGACUUCUACACGGAACAAUUUGAACCCUCGAUGCUCGACAUAUCUACAGCAGACUACCUGGACCAUCGUCAGCUUUCACUCGAGAUUCUCAACUGGGUGUGUAACCUUAGCGCAUCGCCGACUACAGUUAGUCUCAACAUUCAAGCCUCGUCGUUACGCAAUACCCUUAUUCUUUCGAAUACCCGCAACAUCUUUAAUGUGCCGUCCGUCAACAUCUACGCCAGCAAGCAAGUGUUGAAGUCUCGACUCAUCGCGGCGAAGGCUUUCGAGGAUGCGUUCCGAAGCUUCGCGGCUCAGGACACCACCACAGGUACCUUCGCAGCUCUGACAACCAACAUGUUCGCACGCAGCGAGGAUGCCAUUACCGAAUACCAGUUUCUCGAGGCUUUGGCUCAAAAGGGGUACGAAGCGGCGGUGAACGCCAACAAUGUGGCCCAAAGGCGUUUCCUGGAGAACGAAAAGUCUCUCGACAAGGCCCAGAAAAGUUUGAACGCUGGUAUCGAUGCAUGGAGCAAGAAAAAUGAGCAAGAAGCCGUGGUGGGCGUAUGCAAGGCCGUCGUAGACGUUUCCGGUGCGGUGGCCGCGACAGUCGCUACAGGAGGUCUUGCAGCUUCCUCAAUUGGCGCCGCCAUAAAUUCAGGCGUGGGAGUAAUCAAGACGCUAACUGAGAUCUUUAAAAAGCUAAAGCAGCUUUACGAGGAGAUCAAGUCUGUGAUUGAGUCUUUGACGAAGCUGGCUGGUGAGGUGGCCGGAGUUGUAGCGACUCUUGAGGCAGCAAAGAAACAUCGCGACGAGACUGCAAUGCAGCGUCCUGAUAUGGACAUAGAUGUGUUCAACGCGACCGCCCUGUGGGACAUUUUUCGUGAGCAGGUCGAUGACAUGGAGAAAGCCAUUGCGAGUGUCGACUGUGACGGGAAGCGAAAAUACUUUCUCUCCCUCCGCAAAUUGGCUGUCAAUGGCAAGACCUAUCUGCAAACACAGGAAUACCUGUGCAGGCGUGGUGAUGAUCUUGCUGUCGUGCUCGUCAAGCUGCAGCGCCGCGACCAGGCCCGCCUCACUCUCUCUACUACGACCCUGAUGCAGCAAGACGCCGUGCUCGACAUCUUGCGGCGUGCCAUGUUUGACCGUCUCUUGUCGAUUCGCUCUUUGAUUUUUCUAGACUUCCAGUCAUAUUCUGAGGCCUACAUGUUCCAUGCCCUCACACCUUACUCCCCCAUCACUUUCUCGCCUGUUCAGCCAGUUGUCGAUUUCCUGGACGCUGCUGCCAAACUCCAGGGCAGCGUUGCCGCCUUUGGAUCACGCGCCCAGAUCCAGAACCGCCGUUUUGUAAUUCGCACACUUGGAAAUGCUACGGACGCAACGGAUUUGCGAGCGCAAUUGGGUGCCGGGCAAUCAGUUACGGUCUCGCUUCGCCCAGAUCAAAACAUCUUCAACGGCUUCAGCCGCAUCCGUGUCAGUCGCGUUCGAUGCUAUCUUGAUGGUGUGAAGACGGUUUGCCCACCCGCGGGGAUGGACACCUUGAGGUUGUAUCUCAAGACACCAGGCCGCUUUUCCGAUAUCGCGUUGCCUGGCGCCCGGACAGACAGGGUGUCAAAUUUCGUGGGAGAUGCCCGUGCUCUGCUAUUUGAGUACGUUCCUCUAGAUGGGUCGAUUGUCUGCGACGGAGAAUACAGUCAACAGAGGGACUGCACGCUUCAAACACCGCUGACCGAGUGGGAGGUUUGUAUUGCACCAGGUGGCCUUGAGGUGAAGGACCUUGACCUUGAAGAGUUGACGGGGUUGAGGAUCGAGUUUUGGUGUGAUGUGACCUUGGGCAAUUUGUGA